AUGGCGUACUGGUACAUCUGCCGUUGUGACGAGAGCCAUGGAUCCAGAGGCUCUAGCCGAAUCAGAGAGAUGCGGAGAGACACUGGCCGGGAGGAGUGUCGACACACGACGCUCGCCCAAUCCUCGGACGACGCCCACCAACUCCUGAUCACGACCAGACAUCUGCCUGAUUUCCUACUCCACCGGUCUCGGUGUGCCCUGGUCGACCCAGCAAGGAAGCGGCAGAGACAGCCAAACCUGGCCAUUCCGCUGGUGUGGGGUGGUAUCUCGAGGCAAAAAGGCAACCAGAGCAAGAGGGACCAGUCCUUGGCUGCCGUGGGCAAUGUUCAGCAGAGAGAUGUUCUAGGGCAUGGAAUCUGGAGUCGCGAACGCUUAGUAACCGACAAGGCAGCAAGACUAACCCGCAGGUUCCCCACCAAUGCCUAUAGCAUCCUGAAACAUCAGAGGCUGCUUCGGACCAUUGCGGACGACAGGCAGGGCUCCACGGGCCCUUCUUGCGGAUCGGGAACGAUAUACAAAUCUGCACGCGGGCGGCCGCUCGCCUGGCAGACUUCUUGGUUUACGACCCGGCCAAGUCAGGUCACCGAUAGCUCCGUCAAGGGGGAGUCUUGGCGUGUCGUCAAGCCUAACGGCGAUGCCGAGGUCGAGGGCUGUAUCCGUGAUUUUGGUCUCGAUGUGGCGCCAGCCUCGUCCGCCGUUGGCUUGUCCUAUCCUCCCAUGCCCGCCGACGACUUGCUAAUCGCCGACUUGGGUUAUCCAACUCGGGAAGGGCGGCAAAGCACCGAGUGCUGA